AUCUAUCCAUCGAUCGAUCUCCAUUCCAUCCUACACGCACAGCUACAAUCAAUUCAAGCUAGCUAGCUAGCUACCACAUCGGCCGAGUUUUUCAUGGCACAGAUCAAGGCCGCGCGCGUCGCCGACGUCCCCAUGGCCCUCGACGUCGUCGUCGCUGCCUUCGCCCCAGCCAUCCUCGCGGAGGUGGACACGGCGGCAGGUGUUCCGUGCGGGGCGGCGGCGGCGGGAGGUGGCGUGGAGCGAUUCGUGGUGAACGCGCUGGCGUCGCCCGACCGGCGGCUGCAGGAGGUGAAGGAGAACUCGCUCAGGUCCUUCAACGAGGCCGCCCGCUUCACCGUUGACUACGUCGAGUUCGACGUCCAGGUCCGGUCCAGUGCCCUUCCAUUUUCGGCGUUGAAGAUCCCGUCGCUGAGCACGUCGAACAUGGCGGCGAACUCCUCCCCCUUCGGGUAGUUACUGAAGGUGGCCGCUCGGCGUCGCGCUCGGGUUCGGAUGCGUGUGCGCCCUCGCCUCCGUGGUGGUGCCGGCGCCUUCGACGGGGAGGACGGGAUUGGAUGGAUGGAAAACGUGUGGAGUGACGGACUGAUGACGGAGUGGCUUGGAAGUAGUUUUAGCCUAUUUGUAAUGGCAUAUUUAUAAAUAGUGGAAUUAUAAUGGUAUUUUUUUAAACCUACAAAUUUGUAAUGGCAUGGAUGCAAUUAACCCAAUAAAAAUCACUUUGUUUU